AACAUAAAACCAACACGUCCUCAUGACAGUUUAUGUUUACUUCAUGCUCCAAAUUUUCCCAGUGAAUUUUUAUGUAAAUCAAUCAAAUUAAUUCUAUUUCGGAAAUGAUUUUUACCCUUUGAUAAACUUGCAGAUCACGUCACAGAAGAAGGAACUUUUGGCCACCUAUUGCAGUCUCUUUUCAGUACCAUCAGCUGAUGGAAUAAAGUGGAAGGUGGAAGGGGUGGAAGCCUAGGAGAAAAGGAAGUGUUUGUUGUGCUAAGUGGAUUUACCAUUACGAGUACCACAAACGAGAAUAAACUAAACGAGAUGUCCACCAAAGUGAGAACGAAACAAGACAAGAGUGGAGAUGUAAUUGCCUACAGCGAGGGGGCUGUCAGGAACAAUGCAGCUGUUGUGGAAUAUUGUAGGAUAUCCAUGGCAGCGAUGUCAGGAGGAACUGCUGGAUUACUCGGCCUCACGGGUCUUUAUGGAUUUGGAUUCUAUGUUUUUGCUGUUUUUGCUUUAUGGGCUCUAUUAUUAUUCAAAGCUGGAGGUCAGUGGAAGAAAUAUUUCAUUAGUAGACACAGCCUUUUGACGAAUGGAUUUUUCGGAGGACUUUUCACAUAUGUGCUCUUCUGGACGUUUUUAUACGGAAUGGUACAUGUCUAUUAAAGUUUCAGCAUCAUAGGAUUUCGUACUUGGAAACUGCAUUUUUACGAAUCAAAUUCAUCACUAUCACUCGUUAGUAACCUAUAUUAUUCUCUUCACAUUCUUGAUUUCAAUACUUAACAUUCGAUUAAGUGUGGAUAAUGAUUUAAUAAACCAAAUCUAUUGAUAA